AUGACUCGGCCCCCGGGCCUAAUCCACGAAUUCCUUCGACAGCUCGAGUCCAGACAGUCGCUUCACUCCGAAUCCAACCCUGACCUGCCGCGUUACGAUGUUCAGAACCCAACUGACCGGGGGCUGCUCGUGACGAGCAGUCGUCCCCAGCGCUUCUUCCUGGGCACCGGCGCUUCGAUAUUUACCAAUUACCUGAUACCCGCCAUCACCUCUGCCCAGCAUGAGGUCAUUCUGGUCACCUGCUUUUGGGCGCCCUCCAGAACGUUGACGGCUCUGUGCGAGGCCCUAAGCAAGCUCGCCGCACACCGUCGCCGUCUGGUUCAGGAGGCACGAGCGACGGGAUCGACUCCCAUCCCGCCGUUGCACGUCCGCAUCUGUCUGUCGUCGCGCUCCCUGCUUCAGAAGCUCCUUCAUCCGCAAUCUCGCAGCGGCUAUACCUACCCGCCUGCCUCGUGGCACAAGAAGCUUGGCUUGCCUGAACCCGCGCUGCUCGAAGCCGGAGGGAUCCGCCUCGAGGCCAAGAGUCUGUUUUUCCUGCCCUUCAGCGUGAUGCAUCCCAAAUUUGUCAUCAUUGACAGGCAGAGAGCAUUCGUUCCCAGUUGCAACGUCAGCUGGGAGUCCUGGCUCGAGGGCUGUGUAGAGAUUACGGGAGACGCGGUUCGCGCCCUGUUCGCCUUCUACUCGCGCACUUGGGAGGAUCCGGCCGAUACUGAGCCAGCUCGCGAUGCGUGGUCCGACAGAGUCCCCGGAGACUCGGAGGCAGCUGGCACUUCUUGGGACGGGGCCGAAGCCGGCCUUGUCAUGGUACGUAGCACCGCUCGUCUCUGCGUAGACCUCGAGUCGCACGACACGGUUGCGACGCUCGUCCUUCCCUCAUCGUACCAUCGUAACCCGCGCUUCCGCCCGUUCCCCUGGCAGAGGUCCCCUCCGCCGCCCGACACCCCUCUCAAUAUUGCGUCCAUGCAGCUCUUCGAGCGAGCGCAACGAUCAAUCUAUAUUCAGACACCUAACCUCACCUGCGAGAGCGUCAUUAUCGCCCUCUUGGACGCCCUAGCAAGGGGCGUAGAAGUUAACAUUGUGACAAACCGCAACAUGAUGCUGCUUGAGCAGCUUGUCACGGCAGGGACCACCACAUCUUGGUGUAUCAGGUCGUUGAUUCGCCGCUUCUGUCGGCCCAAGGCCGCACUCGGUGGCAAGCAAAAGGCUCAGAGCGGUGGCGGCGACGCCUCCCGCGACCUCGAAGCUGGACUACCAAACACGGGCACUCGAGUUGGCCGCCUCCUGAUAUGGUACUUUCAUGCCAAGAAUCCCAGUUCUCCCGGGGUCUUGGAGGGGCAGCCCGCGGUCGCUACUCGGCCACAGGGAGAGGAACCGGUCCACUCGCACCUGAAGCUGGCCCUCGUUGACGCAGAAUAUGCGUUGCUGGGCUCAGGUAAUCUUGACCGCGCGAGUUGGUUCACCAGCCAGGAGUUGGGUAUCUUGUUUCAAAGCCGCGAGUUGUGUUCCAAGAUCAAAGCUGCUGUGGACGGCGUUCUAGAAGGGAGACUCGAUUUGAUAUUCGACUCGGACCACGGCACGGGGAGUAAUUAA